AUGUUAUUGGAGUUAGCGAAAGACAUGCUUCCCAAAGAUAAUGCUCUUCCUUAUAGUACAUAUGAGGCAAAAAAGUCACUAAGCCGAAUGAGUUUACCUUAUGAGAAAAUCCAUGCAUGCCCUAAUGAUUUACCAAGGUUCAAACGAUGGUUUUCAAAAGCAGAAGAUGCAAAGAAGUUGACAUGGAAUUUCGAUAGUCGAGUUGACGAUGGAAUGCUUAGACAUCCAGCUGACUCUCCGCAGUGGAGAUUUAUUGAUGGAAAAUUCCCGGACUUUGCCCAAGAAAAGCGUAAUUUACGCCUUGCAUUGUCUACGGAUGGGUUCAAUCUAUUCGGUUCCUUGAGUAACACAUAUAGCACAUGGUCAGUUAUGCUAGUGACCUACAACUUACCUCCUUCAUUGUGCAUGAAGAGAAGGUAUAUGUUCUUGUCGUUGUUAAUUCAAGGUCCAAAGCAACCGGGCAAUGACAUCGAUGUGUAUUUGACUCUAGUUAUUAAUGAUUUGAUUAUGCUUUGGGAAGAAGGUGUUGAAGUGUUUGAUGCUUAUCGCAAUGAGAAUUUUAAUUUGACAGCAAUGCCAUUUUGUACUAUCCAAGAUUUUCCGGCGUAUGGCAACCUUUCGGGGUACACAGUGAAGGGGAAAACAGCUUGUCCCAUCAGUAUGGAAGAUUGCAUGGGAACGUGGUUAAAUGUAUCUAAAAAGCAUGUCUAUCCGAAUGUGUGUGAUAGUGUGAUUGGUACCUUAUUGAAUAUCGAUGGUAAGACUAAAGAUGGCAAAAAAGCGAGGGAUGACUUGAAGGAUAUGGCGAUUAGAGGUGAACUCCAUGCUAUUGAUAAUGAUAUAGGUCGAACAUACUUGCCUCCUGCUGCUUUCACUUUGUUAAGAAAAGAGAAAAUCGAAUUUUGUGAAAGCUUGGCAAGAGUGAAAGUGCCCGAGGGUUAUUCUUCUAAUAUUCGCAACCUUGUGAAUAUGGAAACCUUGAAACUUGUAGGCCUAAAGUCACAUGAUUGCCAUGUUUUGAUGCAACAGUUAUUACCUGUGGCGAUUUGCUCAAUUUUGCCUAAAGAUGUUCGAUUUGCAAUUAUCAGACUAUGUGGAUUUUUUCAUGCGAUUUAUAGCAAAGUCAUUGAUCCUAAAGAGUUGACUACUUUGAAGAAUGAAAUUAUUGUUUUAGUUUUGUGUCAAUUAGAGAUGUACUUCCCUCCAUCAUUUUUUGAUGUUAUGGUUCAUUUACCAGUCCACUUAGUUAGAGAGAUAAGAUAUUGUGGACCGGUUCACAUGAGAAAUCAGUGGUGUUUUGAGAGGAAAAUGAAAACCUAUAAGGGAUUUGUGAAGAAUGCUUUUCAUCCGGAAGGUUGUAUAGCUGAACGACUGUUUUAUGAAGAAGUUCUUGCUCAUACCGGUGACUUUUUUUAG